UCUUCUGGGAAAACAAAACUUAUCUGAAUCUCGGUGUCGUUUGUCUGUGUGAAAGUGAACAACAACCGUCCAAAUGGCUCAGCAAGGAAUUCUGCUGGACCAGGAUCAGUUCUGUUGUUCUGUCUGUCUGGAUCUACUGAAGGAGCCAGUCACUAUUCCCUGUGGACACAGUUACUGUAGGAGCUGUAUUGAGGGCUGCUGGGAUCAGGAUGAUCUGAAGGGGAUCUACAGCUGUCCUCAGUGCAGACAGACCUUCACUCCAAGGCCUGCUCUGAGAAAAAAUAACAUGUUGGCUGAGGUGGUGGAGAAACUGAAGACAGGACUUCAGGCUGCUCCCCCUGAUCUGUGCUAUGCUGGACCUGGAGAUGUGGCAUGUGAUUUCUGCACUGGGACCAGAAAGCAGAAAGCCCUCAUGUCCUGUCUGGUGUGUCUGGUGUCUUCCUGCAAGACUCACCUCCAGCCUCACUAUAGUGUCCCUGCACUAAAGAAGCACAAGCUGGUCAAAGCCUCCACACAGCUACAGGAGAACAUCUGCUCCCGUCAUGACGAACUGCUGAAGAUUUACUGUCAUACCGAUCAGAAUUGUAUCUGUUAUCUGUGUAUGGUGGAUGAUCAUAAAGGCCAUGAUACAGUGUCAGCUGCAGCGGAGAGGACCGAGAAACAGAGUCAGCUGGGGAUGAGUCAGCAGAAUUUCCAGCAGAGAAUCCAGGAGAGAGAGAAGGAGCUGAAGGAGCUCCAACAGAAUGUGGAGUCUCUCAAGCACUCUGCACAGGCAGCAGUGGAGGACAGUGAUAGGAUCUUUACUGAGCUGAUCCACUCCAUUGAGAGAAGGUGCUCUGAGGUGAAGGAGUUGAUCAGAGACCAGGAGAAGGCUCAAGUGAGUCAAGCUGAUGGACUCCUGGAGCAACUGGAGCAGGAGAUAGCUGAGCUGAGGAGAAGAAAUGCUGAGAUGGAGCAGCUCUCACACACAGAGGAUCACAUCCAUUUCCUCCAGGAAACUAAACUUCCUUGAUAAAGAGUUAUCUGUCUCUCUCCAGUCCCAGUGUCUCUUCAGACUCACCCAGCAUUGAUAAACAUCCUCAGUUCCUUGGAGAUGUGAAUAAGGCUGUUUCUGAUGUCAGAGAGAAACUAG